CCUGACCAGACUGGUCUCUUAGCUCCCUCUUUGUCCACACGGGAAGAGAGACUAUGGAACCACUGUAUCAGGCUGGGUCCAUCCUCAUGAAGGUGAACACCUUACAAGGGAAAAAGAUGGUGGAGAGUGGCCUCCAGUCCGGAGACUUUUCCCUCCCUCAGUCGUGGCCUUCCUGCUUCCCGCCGCCAGCUGACCUGGAGGUCCUGCAGCAGAAGGUGGCCGGGGUGCACCGGGAGCUGGAGGACUUUAAGAAGGAGGCGCUGCGGGCCAUCCAUGACCUGGAGGACGCCUUCUGCGAGAUGAACGGGGCGCUGGCGAAGCAGGAGGAGCAGGCGGCCCGCGUGAAGCAGCGGCUCCGGGAGGAGGAGGACCGCGGCGUCGUGCGGAAUAAGGUCCUCACCUUCCUGCUGCCGCGCGAGAAGCAGCUGCGGGAGCACUGCAGGCGGCUGGAGCGCAUGCUGCUGGGCUGCGAGCGCGACGCGCGGGGCCUCCCCAAGAAGAUCCAGGCAAACUGACGCCCCCUUGCGGCGGAGCAGCCCAGUAGAAGAUUUUUUUUUUUUUUAAUGGAAGGAUCAACCCUGAGUCCCUAUCCAUUUGCUACCCUUUGCCCAUUCCCAUUGCUUUCCUUCUACCUCAAUAACACCUUGCUGAGAGGCGAAAAGACCCCAGUAUGUUCUUUAGGUGAGGCUCCCCCUUGCCCAGCAUCAUCCCAGGAGGAGGCACCCCAAUCCUUACUUAGUCUUUCAGACACCUGUAACUUUCACCGUUAACUGUUUCCUGUUUGUAAUGGUAAUAUUGCUCAA